AUGAGUUCGAAAGCAGCAGAUGAAACCGUGAUUGAGCUAGACAAGAAGAAACAAAUAACUGUCAGAAAGUUCAACAAUGUUAAUUUAGUGGAUAUUAGAGAAUUCUACAUCGACAAGAACACUAAUGAGAAAAAACCAGGCAAAAAAGGUAUAUCUCUUACCGAAGAUAGUUGGACUAAAUUACUCGAAGCAGCUGACCAAGUUAAAGAAGCAUUGGACAAAUUAAACGGGGGAAAGAAGAGAAAAGUUGAAGAUGAUGUUUCAAAGUCUAAGAAGAUCAAGUCAAGCGAGAAAGUAUCUGAAGAGGAUGACAAAGAUGAGGAGAGCGAGGAGGACUAA